UUCUUGUAUAUAUUUUCAUUUAUAUUUCAAUAUUCUGUUCAUGUUGUAUAUAAAUUCUUUCUUUUAUUUCCAAUUUCAUAUCUAUAUUCUAACUUGUUUCUGCCACAUGUGCAAUGUACUAUACUUUACUUGCACAGAACAAGGCAACUCAUUUCCUGCCCAAAUCUACUUGGCAAACACAUUCUUAUAUUAAGAAACAACCUUUCUUUUGUCCUAGACUUGGAGCAAACAUCCUUUCAUUGUUCCUUGUUUAUUGCAAUGAACUUGCAAGUAUACUUCAUCACUACAGAGAUGCUUGCAUGUUUACUUUUCUCACAGUCUGCUUCUCUCUUCUUUGUUCUUCUCAACUGUGUUUUGCCCCCCUUUUUGGCGCUUAUUUCUUUGUUUCACCUUUUCUGAUGUUGGUAAAAACAACCUGUUUUCUCUACCACAUCAUCACUCUACUCUCUGCCUUCGUCCUAACCACUCAUGCUGACCAUCUCAUCCAGCUGCUAGUGAGGAUCAAACCAAAUCUUGUGGAGGAUCAUUUUAUACUCAUUUCUCUAUCUUUUUCAAUUCUUACUUCAUACCGUCACUUCCACUCCUUUGAAGUUUAUAUUCUCUGCAUACUUAAUGAGCUCAUUACUUCGCGAGACAUUUUGUGACGUCUGUCCCUUUUUUCUAAUCUAUUUGAAAUUGUGAAGUGCAUAUAUUUCUUGUCACUGGAUUUGUGAAAUUUACCUGAGCGGCUGGAUCCUCUGGCGAGCAAGAAUUUAAGGUUCUUCCAUCGCAUUAAGCAGCCAAUUGGGUCAUGGAGUUCAGUGGAUUUGAUGAUGAUCUCUUUCAAGAAACGGAGAAAAGGGCAAAGAGAGCUGAAGCAGUGGAUUAUAAACCAAAAUCAGUCCCCCCUCAGUGGUACAUGGAUGACCAGGCCUCACCAGAUGAUGACAUUGAUAAGGUUCAUUUCUACAUCUUCCGUGGCAACCAGCAUUACUACCGGAGGGCGUGGUCAGAUGCCUUGGAUGCCUAUACUGAAGCCUUGGACUACGUUGCCCCUAACAACGGCAACUUCAGGCGAUUGCUCCUGGAAUCCGUCGCUAGAUGUCGGUGGAGACUGGGAGAUGCUGAUGGAGCGGUAGAGAUGGGGAAGAAAUUGGUUGAGGAAUCGAGCAAUGAUCAUCAACUGUUCUGUGCACAUGCUGCUCUGGCCAUGUUUUAUGAUGCAGCAGGAAAUGCUGACAAUCAAGCAAGUAGCCUCAGGCUAUGUCUGGACUUACGACCUUUGAGCGUUCAGCACUGGAUUCAGCUUGCCAAAGUACACCUCAAAAAAUUCACGUCAAAAAGUUGCAGGAGCGUAUCGAAUCCCGAUGCAGCUGCGGAUAAUUUACAAAGCAAGGGAUUCCAAGGACAAUCCAGUGAUAAUACGUCUUUCAUUUCGGAUAAAAGCCAUUCUGCCUUUGAAAGGACUAGUCAUUGUGACUCUGCAAAUGUGGAGUUAAGCUCUUCUUCCACUCAACAUGCUUCUGCACAGAAUGGCAAUAGUUCUUCAUUGACAGGACAGGGCAGGCACAAGUACAUGAGCAGAGAAUGUAGAGUGGACAAGAAAGGUGAAUACAUUAUGGAGAAAUCACAGAAUGGUAUGGACAAGAAUUGUGUUUCUCAUGUUGGUCACGAUAGUGAUGGAUGCAUAAAGAGAUUAUUCGAUCAAAGCUCGUCAUUGAUGUCAUCAAUGUCAGCCUCAGUAUCAUCAUCUGCAUCAUCGUUGGUAUCAUCAUCAGUACAAUCCACAUCGUCGUCAGCAUCAUCCUCAUCAUCAGUGUCAUUCACUUCAUCGUCAGUAUCAUCAACAUCAUCAUCGGUAUUGACAGCUUUAUCAUCAGUAUCAUCAGUAUCUUCAUCAAUAUCCUCGUCAGUGUCGUCAACGGCAUCUUCCAGGUCAUCAUCAGUGUCGUUGAAGCAGGAAGAUAGCCCAGCAUUGACAGGGAAUAUCCAAAGGCAGUGCCGACCAUCGCCGGCCGGAGACAAUAAUUCUGACCUAGACAGACUAUCAAAGUUGUCUCUAGAUGGCAAAGGUACCCUUGUGUCUUCAGGAUCUCAAGUUAACGGGUUGUUGAUGGAUGAAAGUGUUGGCGACACAGAUGAAGAACAAGAAUGUUCUGUUGUCAUGGAAGCUGUUAAGUGCCUCUUAAGAGCAAAAGUCAUCUUGAAGAGUCUUCAAAUCUGUGCUGUCUCGAUCACUAAGAUGAGGAAUGAUCAACUUUUAGCAGAAAUUGAUGAAUGGUUGUCCACUCUUCAUCUUGAUGCGGCCUUUAUUCAGGAGAUGAGUAAGAAAAUGUACAAUGAAGUUUACGACAAAGACAUCAAAGAAGAAGUAGUCACAAGUUGAUUAUUCUGUUUCUAUUUCUGGUAACUCCCGUAGGUUCUUGGCAGGUCAGCAUUUCUGCUGGUGAACGUCAAGCCGGUAUAUAACCAAUUACCUAGGAAAUAUUUUCCGUCUUGGUAAAUCAGUCAUAGUGGCUGACGUUACA